GGCGGGCCCGGCACGGGCACAGCGGCCAUGGCGGCGAUGGCGCGGUCCGUGCGCCUCGGGGCUGCCGCCAGCGCGCCCCUCAUGGGGCUCGGCACAUGGAAGUCCCCCCCAGGUAAGGUAACAGCGGCAGUGAUGGCUGCCAUCGAUGCCGGGUACCGCCACUUCGACUGCGCCUAUGUGUACCAGAAUGAGAAGGAGGUUGGGGACGGGAUCCAGCGGAAAAUCAAGGAAGGKGUUGUGAAACGGGAGGACCUCUUCGUCGUCAGUAAGCUGUGGUGCACCUUUCAUGAGAAGUCUCUGGUGAAGGGAGCCUGCCAGAAGACUCUUGCAGACUUGAAGCUGGAUUAUCUGGAUCUCUACCUUGUGCACUGGCCUUUUGGGUUCAAGGCAGGAGAGGAGCUGUUYCCUGUAGAUGACAAAGGCAUGGCUAUCCCCAGCAACACWGAURUUCUACAGACGUGGGAGGCCAUGGAAGMGCUGGUGGAUGCUGGCCUGGUAAAAGCCAUUGGAAUCUCCAACUUCAACCGUGAGCAGACUGAAAGAAUCUUGAACAAGCCAGGACUGAAGCACAAGCCUGCAAAUAACCAGGUUGAGUGUCAUCCAUACCUUACCCAGGAGAAGCUGAUUGACUACUGCCACUCCAAAGGGAUCACUGUGACAGCGUACUGUCCCCUUGGACGUCCUGACGGUUCCAAGCCAGAAGCACCUUCCCUUCUGGAUGACCCCAAAAUCAAAGAGAUUGCAGCCAAGCACAACAAAACCCCAGCACAGGUUCUCCUUCGCUUCCAGAUUCAGAGAAAUGUGAUUGCAAUUCCCAAGUCUGUCACCCCACAGCGCAUUGUGGAGAAUUUCCAGGUGUUUGACUUUGAACUGACUAAAGAGGAGAUGGCAACCCUUCUCAGCUUAAACAGAAACUGGAGGAUCUGUGAAAUGGUCACGUGUAAAAAUCACAAGGAGUACCCUUUCAAUGCAGAAUACUGAAGAUGGUUUUGUCCUGCCUCCAGAGUCUAAUGAGCUUCUACCAUUGCCUCCARUUGUGCACUAUGUAGCUUACACACUGUAUCUCUCCUGCCAGCAAAAGCACAGGAUCUGUGUUCGGUGACUUCGGGUUUUUUUUUUCUUUGGUGGAAGAAAAUAGUACAUUUGUUCUGAAGAACAAGAUAUAGGCCAUGAUAAUUCUCAUUACAUGAGUGUCUCUGUAUGGCUGAAAUAACAAAGAGAAAACAGAAGAAUGAACUAGCAACUGAUUUUACAUUCUGUCUUGCUUCAACACCACAUAAGGCUGCAGGGUUAAGGAUAUGUGAGUGCAGGAGAAAGAUCCAUCUUGAAACUACAUAAUCACUGCCUGAAGAUAAAAGACAAUUAAUAACUUUAUUUCUAGAGCGCAGCCCAAAGCUUUCUGGGAAAGAAGAAUGAAUGGGAGAAGUGUCCAGACCUACAAAUGCAUACCAACUCCUACUGGGCCUUAUUUCAGUCACAUUUUUUUACAGGCUGAAACCGAACAGAGGUUAGUGUUCAAUUUCAUUCUUAAACAAAAUAAAAAUGUUUGGAUUACUGUUUGCUUGGAAGUUCUGUUCUAAGGCUAAAAUUAACAAGCCAAGAAACUUGCACUAUCAAUGUCACUGGAAAUAAACAUCUCUGUUCAAUUUUA